AUGUUCACACCUGCUGCUUUUAUUACUCUUUUGACUGCUCUUUCUGGCAUCACUGCUCUGCCUUUCAGUGAGCUUGUUGGGAUUCUUCCCAGAGACAUUGCCCACAUCACUGUGGAUGAGGCCUGCAGACACUACCUUGCCUUCAAGCGAGAUGGUUCUCUCUAUGGCAGAUAUCCCCUCUCCACUGAGUCUGAUGGAAUUGAGCACUGUGCCACCAGUCAAUGCAGACAGCUCUCAGUCGAUGAAGCUCAAACUCUGAAGGGAUGGGAUGCCAUUGUGCAGUAUGCCAACAAUAACUGGGGCAAUGGCUCCCAUGACAUUGUUACAAACCCCAGCAACAUGAGAUCCAUUUACGUUGACAGCCCUGCACAGGUCUGUAUUACUGAUGAAGUUGUCGAACUCAGUUUUUCCGGUGACCCAGUCUGCCAGAUGCAUAACUCCUCCACUGCAAGCAGCCUCAUUGGUACUUAUGGUGAAGUUGAUAUCAAAGUCGACCAAGGCUUCACCACUGAUGCUUUGUACACCAUCACUGCUGCUUCAACUAUUGGUGAUUCCAACACACUCACUGCCAAAAUUGGCAUUCCAGAGGUAGCUGAGGUCACUGAUGCCCUGACUAUCUCUACCAAGGUUAUGGAUACCACUUUGAACAUCUUCGACGUGUCCUACAAUGAUGUGAGCAAAGUCACCCUCAAGAUGACUGCUCCAAAGGGCAACUUUUGCUCCACUAUGGUGAUGACCAAGACUUGCACCAUCCAAGCAACUGGAAACAUCUGUUACCUCACAAGCAGCUGGAUUUGGUUCAACUAUGACAACCAGAUUGAUGGUCACUACAAAUGGGCUGUUAGCAUUGAGAUGGUCCUCAUGAAGCAAGAUGACUGCUCCAGCUUUGCUGAGUUCAAAGGCUCUAUGCGUACAAACACUUGUGCCAUCUACGAGGGCAAUUGCACUUUAACGUAUCAAUGA